AGAGUUAUCUCGUCACAGCUCAGUUGUUUAUGGCCUGAUUUUUGAGGACUGGAAAUUGUUACCUUCAUAGUGGGUUCCAAAGCAGCGAUUUAGUUUUAGUAAGAUCAACCUCACAUUCUUUGCUUAUAUACAUUAUACUCUAACUUCUCACAACACUUCUUCACCUUCCACGUUUGAGAUAGCCUACAUACCUACUGUAGAAAUGACUGGUGAAAUGCUAAUAGUGCAAUUCAGGUCUUUUUUCUCAGUGAUUAUGAUCACUGUUUGUUCAACAUCAAUUAUUAUAAUCCCGGCUGAGGCAACUUCAGGUGGAUUUUCAGUGAAUAUUGGAAGUGAGGAAUACAUAGCAACAGGAAUCUACUUAUGCAUAAGGGGCAUAGAGGGCUCUCGAGAAUCAUUGAAUAACAUACCAAUCAUUCCCGUGACCAGAGAGCACCUACAGAAUAAAAUGAAUGAGGCAGACAGGUUUUCAAGAAAUGCACUCCUAAAUGAAUUGCAAACACCUGCUACUCUUGCGCAAUUACGUAACAAAUUGAUAUCAGAAGAGAGACUGAUGAGAGCUGGACUAGAAAUUUGUGCACCUCCCAGUGGGUGGACGAAAGACGACUUGAGACGAAUUGCUGAGCCCAAGGUCGUCGACCACCUUGCUGAGUCGCUGGGUGUAUCUGAUGGUAGCAGCCGGGCUUCAACUCGAGCUUUGGGAGAUAUAAUCGUGCAAGGUGUUAGAACCCAGAGUAAUAUUCCUGGACGAAGUUGAUGGGAAGUGGAAUUGGAAUACAAUGAUGGCAGAAGUAGAUGGAACAGGAUGAGAGGCUUAUUUGUUGAGGGAUAGGAAGAAAAAGAAACAUUUUUUUUUCGUUUUUCAAUUAACAAAAUAAAUAAAUAAGUAUUCAUAGUUUUCGCCUACCACAUAUAUCUCGAAUACUUUUUUGUGUGGGAUUUUUUUAGCGAAUAAUCAAAUCGAAAUUCAAUCUUAUCUCUUCAAAUAUUUCACUGCUAUGCAAUAUCGUGUUGUGUGUCUUAAUCUCCUUGAAUAAACUCGUUAAAGCUGAAUGUUAUGAAAAUAUAAUGUGUUGAACCUCUCCUGUGUUAUAAUGAAUAAAAUGAUUUAAUAUGAUUGAA